AUGCCUUCAUCACCCGAUUACGUACACCCGCCCGACCAAUUUAGUAUUCUAGGAGACUCCGGCUCAGACGACGACCUUGACUUGGAGGAACUUGACCCCGGUACGACCUCACCUCAUACGUCGCCUCGACUUUCCCGAGAUGGUCUGGGUAGACAAAGAGGCCACGGUCCAGGGAUAGCGCUCAGGAACCUACGCAUGGGCGUCGGAAAUCGAAUAUGGCGACAAACUUCCGGAGGUCAAAGGAGAUCGGAGGACAGGGAAGGUCUUCUGGACAACCGCGACGAUACCGGACUUCGGACGUCACACACCAGUUCUCGCCAAUUCACCGAAGAUGAUGCGCCGUUGCUUAACGAACGCAGGCGGAGUUCUGCUCGAUCCUUUGGAGACGCCGAGCGGGGAUCGCAGAGGGGGAGUCGGUUACGGAUCCCAGGCUUAAAAGCGGCUAGUAUGUUGUUUGCUGCUGCAGGCCGAACGACAGCCGGUGGUGAUGCCUCGCAACCGAAACCUCCCCGUGAUGUCCUUGUUGGUCAGGCGCAACGAUCGAAAUACCCUCCGAAUAUCGUUUCCAACGCAAAAUAUACACCGUGGAGCUUCCUUCCACGUACACUCUACAACGAAUUCUCCUUUUUCUUCAACAUUUACUUUCUUCUCGUCGCUCUGUCGCAGAUCAUACCCGUGCUUCGGAUAGGUUACAUGUCGUCAUACAUCGCACCGCUCGCCUUCGUUGUCUGUAUCUCUCUCGGAAAGGAAGCUUUGGAUGAUAUCGGUCGGCGGAGAAGAGAUGCCGAAGCAAAUGCGGAGGCUUUCUCCGUGCUCGCUUUCGACAAGCUGCCCGGCGCAAGAGCGCUUUCGACUGCUGGAAAUGUUCACUCUAAUGCCGGAAAUGUAAUGGAAAUGACUAAACGAUCUCGCGACCUGAAAGUCGGCGACGUGCUGAAAAUCCGCAAAAACCAGCGUUUACCGGCUGAUGUGGUAAUUUUGAAAAGUGUGUCCAAUGACUCCGGCAAUGCUCAUCAAGCCUCCACCCCCAGAGCCUCUGCGGAUCUCAUCCAGUCAGAAGGAUCAUCUUCACCCUCUGCAACCCACGAAAUUCCUGCCUCAAAUUCCCAAACAGAUAACGAAAACUUUUCGUCCGGCAGCGAUACCUUUAUACGAACAGAUCAACUCGAUGGUGAGACCGACUGGAAACUGCGCCUGCCGUCAAUUCUGUCUCAGAAUCUAUCAUUUAAUGAUCUUCCUAGGCUUAAGGUGACAGCAAGUGCGCCGGAUAAGCAAGUCAAUGAGUUUGUCGGCACCCUCGAAUUGGGUCCUCCGUCCGGGUUCUAUGAUCCUCACGUGGAUAAGACAGACGAUGGGAGGGACUAUGAGAAUGAAGAUCCAGACGCCAACUCUGCUCCUCUAACAAUUGACAACACCGCCUGGGCCAACACCGUCCUCGCAUCAAACACAAUCACCUAUGCCGUCAUCAUUUACACUGGCUCGCAGACACGAGCCGCCCUUUCAACAUCUCCAUCUCGCUCUAAGGUAGGGUUGCUGGAGUAUGAAAUUAAUAACCUUACCAAAAUCCUAUGUAUCCUUACCCUCCUUCUGUCUAUUGUUCUGGUCGCUCUAGAAGGAUUCCAACCGACGAACGACAAAGAGUGGUAUAUCGCCAUCAUGAUAUACCUUAUCCUGUUCUCCACGAUCAUUCCCAUGAGCUUGCGGGUGAACCUCGACAUGGCAAAAUCAGUAUACGGUCGUUUCAUUGAACGAGAUCAGGAUAUCCCUGAUACGGUGGUGAGGACGAGUACGAUACCCGAGGAUCUGGGUCGUAUCGAGUACUUGCUCUCCGAUAAGACGGGGACCUUGACCCAAAACGAAAUGGAGCUGAAAAAGAUACAUGUCGGGACGGUCUCAUACGCCAACGACGCUAUGGAAGAAGUAGUCUCGUAUGUCAAGCAAAGUUUUGCUGGCUCCCUAACUACCGCUUCGGCUGUCUUUGGCGCUCAGGCUGGGGCCGCCGCUGCCGCUGCUCCUCGUACGAGGAGAGAAAUUGGCUCGCGCGUCAGGGACAUUGUUUUAGCCCUUGCUCUCUGUCAUAAUGUCACACCAACCAUGGACGAAGAAGACGGGGUGAAGGUAACGAGCUACCAGGCUUCAUCGCCCGAUGAGAUCGCCAUUGUCCGAUACACUGAGGAAGUUGGACUCAAACUAGCAUAUCGUGACCGGCAAACAAUCCUUCUGGAGUCAACUCACACGGGUAAUGUUGUCGUGCGCGUUCGCAUCCUCGAUAUCUUUCCCUUUACCUCUGAUAGCAAGCGGAUGGGGAUUAUCGUACAGUUCGAAACAGAGGGUGGAAUUCUAGAUUCGCCCCAACAGGACAGUGAAAUUUGGUUUUACCAAAAGGGUGCAGACACCGUCAUGUCGACUAUCGUUGCGGCAAACGACUGGCUCGACGAAGAAACCGCGAACAUGGCUCGAGAGGGCCUGCGAACCCUUGUCGUGGGGCGAAAACGGCUAUCUUCGCAGCAGUAUCAAGAGUUCGGUGGGAAAUACAAACAGGCCUCGCUGGCUCUCCAGGGACGAGACGCUGGGAUGGCCAAGGUGAUUGGCGAGUAUCUAGAACGCGAUCUAGAACUCCUGGGAGUAACGGGUGUUGAAGAUCGCCUCCAGAGGGAUGUCAAGCCUUCCCUGGAACUUCUUCGCAACGCCGGGGUUAAGAUCUGGAUGUUGACGGGCGAUAAGGUGGAAACGGCGCGAUGUGUGGCGAUCUCUGCCAAACUGGUUGCUCGAGGCCAAUAUAUCCACACAGUCGCCAAAGUGAAGGACAAGUCAACUGCGCAGGAAACGCUGGAUUUCUUGCGCAACAAGACUGACUGCUGUCUCCUCAUCGAUGGCGAGUCACUAGCCCUUAUGCUCAGCCAGUUCCGGUCCGCGUUCAUCUCUGUUGCUGUGCUUCUCCCAGCUGUCGUCGCCUGUCGGUGCUCUCCGACCCAGAAGGCCGAAGUUGCCGACCUGAUCCGGCAAUACACAAAGAAGCGAGUCUGCUGUAUCGGAGAUGGUGGAAACGACGUGUCUAUGAUUCAAGCUGCCGAUGUAGGAAUCGGUAUUGUCGGCAAAGAGGGCCGUCAGGCCUCGCUAGCGGCUGAUUUCAGUAUCACACAGUUCCAUCACCUCACCAAGCUUCUCGUCUGGCACGGCCGCAACUCAUACAAACGAUCGGCCAAAUUGGCCCAGUUCAUCAUGCACCGUGGCCUUGUUAUCAGUGCCUGUCAAACCAUGUACAGCAUUGCCAGCCACUUCGACCCUAAGGGUCUCUUUAUUAACUGGCUCAUGGUCGGCUAUGCCACCGUGUACACCAACGCACCGGUCUUCUCUCUCGUUUUCGACCGCGACGUCGACGAACAUAUGGCCAAUCUCUAUCCCGAAUUAUACAAGGAACUCAAGACCGGUCGCAGUCUCAGCUACCGCUCUUUCUUCACCUGGGUGCUCGUCUCUGUCUACCAAGGAGCCGUCAUCCAGGGUCUCUCCCAGAUCCUGCUCGACACUAUCUCCGGACCGCGACUCAUCAGUGUCUCUUUCACCGCGCUCGUUAUCAACGAGCUUCUGAUGGUUGCCAUCGCCAUCACCACCUGGCACCCGGUCAUGAUCUUCUGUCUUCUGGGCACCGCUCUCCUCUACGCCGGCAGCGUCCCCUUCCUCGGCAGCUACUUCGAUCUGGAGUACGUCAUCACCGUGGACUGGGUCUGGCGUGUGUGUGCCGUGUGUGCCGUGUCCGUCAUCCCUGUUUGGGCCGGGAAAUUGAUCAAGCGAUCCUGGAGUCCUCCCAGUUAUCGGAAAGUCCGCGGUUAA